GCGACAGUGUGCAUCCUUUUUUCUCCUCGUCUUCCAGCCCUCACUGAGAGAAGACAAAUUGACCAAGGCACAGAAAAACCAGAAAUUUAUUUAUAUCCACACGCUUGUCCGUCUCCCUCAGCGAAGUAUAUAAUGGCCACAGCUAGUUUCAGACCUUUUCUCUCUGCCCCUGCAAAACGCCCCAGAAGUUCUACUACUAUCAUGCCCGACCCCAACCCGAAUUACCCAAACGGAUACUCUGCUAACAAACGCUCAAAACCCCAGCCUUCUGCUUCAGCUGCUCCGUUACCCGUCCCUUCGGGACAUGUAUCCUUCCGUCUUCUCUGCCACGCCUCGAGAAUCGGAGGCGUAAUAGGAAAGGCCGGAAACAUAAUAAAAGGCUUACAACAACAAACCGGAGCCAAGGUUCGGAUAGAAGAUGCUCCGUCCGAUUCACCGGAUCGGGUCAUAACGGUGAUCGGUCCGAUUACGCAAUCGGCGGUAGUAUUUAGUGGAAUUGAGAGUGCAGUUGAGGUUUCAAAGGGGCAGGAGGCUUUGGUUAGGGUUUUUGAGAGGAUUUUAGAGGUGGCGGCGGAGAGUGAUUCGGUGGCGGAUGGGGUGGUUUCUUGUAGGAUGUUAGCGGAGGUGAGUUCGGUUGGGGCAGUCAUUGGGAAAGGAGGGAAAGUAGUGGAGAAGAUGAGGAAAGAUUGUGGGUGUAGAAUUAAAGUUUUGGUUGAUAAAUUGCCUGAUUGUGCUGCUUCGAAUGAAGAGAUGAUUGAGAUCGAAGGGGUGGUUUCAGCAGUAAAGAAAGGACUUGUUGCGGUUUCUCGCUGCCUUCAAGAUUGCCAACCGGUUGAUAAGACAAGGGUCACCAACAGCAAACCUGCUGAGGCAGUUUCCAGAGUCUCUUUACCUGAUGUGCGUGUAGAAAUCCAUCCACGGCAUUCUGCAGUGCUUCCCACCGUAGCACAAAAUUCACUAGUGGUACCCACUAAACCACAACAUUCUUUAGGGCUCCCCACCGUACCGAAGAGCUCCAUUAAUUAUGCUUCCAGAGUUCAUCCUUUGUCAUUGGAGUCUGACAGGGUUGCCACACCAGAUACAAACAUACCACAACAGCAAGUGGUUUUUAGAAUUCUGUGUACUACCGAUAGGAUUGGGGGUGUUAUUGGAAAAGGUGGCAACAUUGUCAGGGCUCUUCAGAAUGAAACAGGUGCUGCUAUCAGCGUUGGACCAACGGUGUCUGAGUGUGAUGAGCGACUAAUAACUGUUACUGCAUCGGAGAACCCAGAGUCUCGGUACUCAGCUGCACAAAAGACUACUGUACUUGUUUUCUCGAGGGCUGUGGAGUCUUGCAUUGAAAAGGGUCUGGAUCCAGGCUCAAGCAAGGGGUCACCUGUUACUGCAAGGCUUGUGGUUUCACCAAGCCAAGUAGGCUGUUUGUUGGGAAAAGGAGGCGCUAUAAUUUCAGAAAUGCGUAAGGCAACCACUACCAGCAUAAGAAUAAUAGUGGGUGACCAGCGUAAUCCAAAGUGUGUGCCAGAGACUGAUCAUGUGGUAGAGAUUUCUGGAGACUUUGUGAAUGUGAAAGAUGCGAUAUACCAUGUUACUGGAAGACUCCGAGAUAAUCUUUUCUCCAGCAUGCUGAGCACUCCUGGAGCAAGGAGCAAUUCUUCUGUAUUAGCUGAAAUCAGUCCCUAUGUGAAAUUGAUGGAUCCUGUGAGGGAUUCAUCGUGGGAGCCAGUGAGAGAUAUUUUGAGGGAGCCAGUGAGAGACCCACUGAGGGAUGCAUUCAGGGAUUCAUUAAGGGAAACUGUGAGGGAUCCUUUGAGGGAGUCAGUGAGGGAUCCAUUUAGGGAGCCAGUGAGGGAUCCAUUUAGGGAGCCUGUGAGGGAUCUGUUUAGGGAGCCAGUGAGGGAUCCACUGCAGGAGCCAGCAAGAGAUUGUGCCCCUUAUAUUAUGCAGCCAACAGAUGGAAAUUCUCAUAAUCUAAGUCGUCAAACUGUUAUAACACAGAAUAUGGACCAUCUUGGACUUUCACAUAGUUUAGAUCGCCCUCCUUCACCAAGGUUGUGGGCAUCACAGACAAUACCUAGAGUAAAUCCACGGGGCAUAUCAGAUGUCAGCAGAAGAUUGCCUUCUCUUAAAGCUGGCUUAGAGCUUGGCAGUGGAGGCAAGUCUGCUUUUGUUACAAACACAACCGUAGAGAUUGCAGUUCCCGAGAAUUCCUUUGGCUCUGUAUAUGGGGAGAAUGGUAGCAAUCUAGCUCGUUUGAGACAGAUCUCAGGUGCCAAGGUAAUAGUGCACGAACCUCGUCUAGGAACAAGUGACAGGAUUGUUGUUAUAUCUGGGACCCCUGACGAAACCCAAGCAGCUCAGAGCCUCCUUCAAGCAUUUAUCCUCACUGGACAAUCUUGACAUAAUAUUUUUGAUUGGAAUUAGUUUCACAAAGAAGUCACAGUUACUUCUUUUAGCUUCGUUUUCUUUUUACCAAACUGUGUACGCAAAUCCUUCACUUCUUUUAUGCCAAUUCCUCACUUUUGGCAUAGGCAAUUCAACAAUAUGUUUCGUUUUCAGUGAACUAAUCUGUUUUCUGAUAAUUUUAUUUUCACAACCUAUUUUUUA